AACUGUAGCGUGCCAGCGAAGCGCGCCCCAAGCUCAGCUCCAACCUAAACUCAACCUCACCUCACCUCUCCUUUCCCUCCUCCUCCCAUUUCAUACUGAGCAUCAUCAACCCUCUCCUUCCACCAGCCAAGAGUUAAAUAUCUCAACGAAGGAAAACCCACCACCAGGCCACCAAACACAUAGAAAACCAAGCAAAUCACCACCGCAACAAUGGCCACCCCUACUAACAACAAAGACGGCAUCGACCCCACCUCCCUCGCCCGCACCAUCGCCCACAUGAACAAGGACCACGCCACCGACCUCCUGCACAUGCUCAUCCACUACAGUCCCUUGGCCCUCCUCCAACUUCCCCUAGAUCUCGAAAAGCCCGUCCGCCAACUCGUCCGCGACCUCCGCGGCGAGGACGUCGACAUUCGCCUCGUCGACAUGUCCCUGGCGGAACUGAAGGUGCAGACGCGCGCCAAGGAGGGAACUUUCCAAACCAGGACGACAAUUGCGCAUACGAUCCCCAUCCACCCGCCCAUGAAGAGCUGGGCAGAGAGGAGGGAGAGGUUGGUGGCCAUGACCAAGGAGGCCAGGGAGGGGUUGGGGCUUCCUGUUGAGGGAGUGGCUAGCGAGGAGGAGGAGGGAAAGAAGAAGGAGCAGGAAAAGAUUGGGAAGCGGGAGAAGAAGGGAGGAGGUGCUGUGGUUGAUACGUACCUGGCGCCUAGACUGUUCUGGGACGGCGCCGUGGCUAUUAGUGUUGCCUUCUUCUUUGGCUGUUAUGCAGCAGUUAAGGGAGGGUACGUGGAGCAGGGCCUGUGGGCUUGGCAGUUUACGCAGAAAUGGUGGCCUGUAGGAGGCGCGGAUGGGUUCAAGUGGUUGGUGAAUGCCAUGUUCUGGCCCGUGUUGGUGAUCCAUAUUGCCGAGAUGAUCAUGUUUGAGCGGACGAGGUUGGCGAAGAACGACAAAAUUCCGACGGGCGGGCUGACGUGGUUGAAGUGGAUGGUUAGCGUUUUCUUUGAGGGUUACAUGGCCUUCAGGAGGUAUGAUGAAAAGGCGGCGGAGCUGGAGAGGAAGCAGCAUUAAACUGCCUAAUGCGAAAGUGAGCAGCGAGAUCUAGAGAUCGAUAAGGAUCACACAUAUACAAAGAAGAGGCAGAAUUUGUGCUACAUACCUCUACUGUUGCCAUACUUUCUGUCAGACGAA